ACGUUCCCGCCAAAUCUCCCCCCCGCCGGAGCAUUUACCCGGGAAAAUUCCCCGUUCGGUUCCCGCCAUUCUUUCCGGCUAUAAGCUCUCUCUCCCCUCUCCCCACACACCCCCCCCCCCACAUUCUUCUGUAAAUGCGAAGUUAAAUUAACCCGUCGGAAAAGCAUCUCCCCUCUCUCUUUUCCCGUGUCUCACUAUUUGCUUCUGCACAGGCGGAGCAAUGGCACCAGCUCGCCGCCACAUCAAUGGCAGAUCGCCGCUGGUCAACAAGCAGAGCCAGAUCACCACCUUCUUUUCCAAAUCCUCCUCCCCCCCUUCUCCACCUCUCACCAAGCAAAGCCCUAAACUUGCCCCCGCUAACCCUAGCCCUAACGAGAAACCCGACUCCAGUCCCAGCCACAGCCCCACCACUCCUUCCCCUCUCCAGUCCAAACUCAACAAGCCUAAGCCCGUCCUUGUCAUCCCCUCGGCUCCGGUGAAGGCCGCUGCCGCCAAAUCAUACCGCGGCGAGGUAGUUGGUAAGAGGAUCAAGGUCUACUGGCCACUGGACGAGGCCUGGUACGAGGGCUGUGUUAAGUCCUUUGAUGGGAAGAGCAAGAAGCAUCUGAUUCAGUAUGAUGAUGCCGAGGAGGAGCUGCUGGAUUUGGGAAAGGAGAAGACUGAGUGGAUCGAGGAGAGCCCGAGGCAGUUCAAGCGGCUGAGGCGUGGUGGCGGUGGUGCGGCUCUGGAGAAGGCAGUCGUAGCAGUGGUAGAGGAUGUUGAGAGCGACGGCAGUGGUGACAAUGCCGGCGCAGGUGAUGAUGAUUCGAGCGAUGAAGAGUGGCAGAUUAAAAAUGGGGAGAAGGAAGUUGAGGAGGACAUGGACAUGGACCUGGUGGAUGAGGAUGAAGAAGAUGACGAUAAUGGUGACGACGACGACGGCGGCAAUGAUGAUGAUGCCGGUAAGAGGUCUGGUGGGAAAUCUGGGGGAAAGCAAGUGUCCAGGAAGAGGAAGGCGUGUAUCGGAGGAAAAGAGUUGGUGCUGGGGAAGAAGAGUAAGAGUGGUGCUGGAGGUCUCGGCAAGGAGGGGUGUAAAGUUUCUUCAGCUGAGACCGGGAAUAAUAUCUCGGAAUCUGAAGGUAAGAAGACAUCUAAUGGUCUGGCUUCUUCUUUGCCACCUGAUGUUUCUGAAAGAUUUGGUUUGCGGGAGGCUGAGAAGCUCAAAUUUCUUGGACCGGCACGUAGAGAUGCAAAGAAAAGACGGCCUGGAGAUGUAGAUUAUGAUCCUAAAACUCUCUACUUGCCUCCUGAUUUCCUCAAAAGUUUAUCUGGUGGACAGAGACAAUGGUGGGAAUUUAAGUCAAAGCACAUGGACAAAGUCUUAUUUUUUAAGAUGGGAAAAUUCUAUGAACUUUUUGAAAUGGACGCACAUGUAGGAGCCAGGGAACUGGAUUUACAGUAUAUGAAGGGAGAACAACCCCAUUGUGGAUUCCCAGAAAGAAACUUCUCAAUGAAUGUGGAAAAAUUGGCGAGAAAGGGCUAUAGAGUUCUUGUUGUAGAGCAGACAGAAACACCUGAACAGCUGGAGAUUCGCCGUAAAGAGAAGGGUUCUAAAGAUAAGGUUGUGAAGCGUGAAAUUUGUGGAGUAACUACAAAAGGAACUCUAACUGAGGGAGAAUUGCUAUCGGCGAACCCAGAAGCUUCUUAUCUAAUGUCAGUGACGGAAAGCAGUCAUACUUAUCCAGGACAAAAGGCAGAACAAAUUCUAGGCAUAUGUUUGGUUGAUGUUGCUACAAGCAAAAUUGUUCUUGGACAGAUCACAGAUGAUUUAGAUAGGAGUGCCCUGUGCUGUCUGUUGACUGAGGUUCGUCCAGUAGAAAUCAUUAAACCUUUUAAAGCAUUAAGUGCUGAAACUGAGAGAGUGCUGCUGACUCAUACAAGAGCUCCUUUAGUGAAUGAAUUGGUCCCAGGAUCGGAAUUUUGGGAUUCACGGAGAACUAUUUCUGAACUUAAGGCCAUCUACAAGCGAGUCAGUAAUAUGCCAGAUUCUGCAUGUUCAGAUGAAGCAGACAAACUUGCAGGAACUUCUUAUGUUGAAGACAAAGAUGAGUCCUCAUUGCCUGAAACUGUAUCUAAGCUGGUGAAUUCUGGUGAGAAUGGCAGCUUUGCAUUAUCAGCUUUAGGAGGCGCCAUCUACUACCUGAGACAAGCUUUUCUGGACGAAACAUUGCUUAGAUUUGCAAAGUUUGAGUCACUGCCAUGUUCAAGAUUUACCGAUCUUGCUCAAAACCAUCUGGUUCUUGAUGCCGCUGCCCUUGAAAACCUUGAGAUCUUUGAGAAUAGCAGAAAUGGUGGCUCCUCAGGGACGCUUUAUGCACAACUGAACCAUUGUGUCACCGCAUGUGGGAAGAGGAUGCUCAAGACAUGGCUAGCUAGACCUUUAUACAAUCGGGAAGCGAUAAAGGAACGGCAGGAUGCUAUAGCAGACCUAAGAGGAGAAAGCCUCUCUUCUGUGCUAGAAUUUCGAAGGGCACUCUCAAAGAUUCCUGACAUGGAGCGUUUGCUGGCCCGCAUUUUCGCUAGCAGUGAAGCAUGUGGGAGGAAUGCAAAUAAAGUAAUUCUGUAUGAGGAUGCUGCAAAGAAGCGGCUCAUUGAAUUCAUAUCAACUCUGCGUGGUUGUGAAGUAUUGGCUCAAGCAUGUUCUUCUGUUAGAGCCAUUCUGGAAAAUGUUGAGUCUGGACGACUACAUUAUUUACUAACACCUGGUAGGGGUCUUCCUGAUGUCGAUUCAAUCCUGAGACAUUUUAAAGACGCCUUUGACUGGGUCGAAGCCAAUAAGUCAGGACGCAUCAUACCUCAUGAAGGAGUUGAUGUGGAGUAUGACUCUGCCUGCAACACGAUUAAGGAAAUUGAGUCUAAAUUGACAAAGCACCUAAAGGAGCAGAGGAAAUUACUUGGAGAUACGUCUAUCACCUAUGUCUCGGUUGGAAAAGAGGCCCACCUGCUAGAAGUGCCUGAAAGUUUGCGUGGAAGUAUUCCCCGCGAUUAUGAGCUACGUUCAUCUAAAAAGGGUUUCUUCAGGUAUUGGAAUCCCACUAUCAAGAAGCUUCUAAGUGAGCUCUCACAAGCUGAAUCUGAAAAGGAGUCUGCACUGAAAAGCAUCUUACAUAGACUGAUCCAGCGAUUCUGUGAACAUCACAAUAAGUGGAGGCAACUUGUCUCUGCAACUGCAGAGCUAGAUGUGUUGAUCAGCUUAGCAAUUGCAAGUGACUACUUCGAGGGACCAACAUGCCGUCCAGCUUUUACAAGCCCGUCUUGUCCUACUGAAGGGCCACUCUUAUCUACGAAGAGCCUCGGCCAUCCCGUUCUAAGAAGUGAUUCCUUGGGAAAGGGCACAUUUGUGCCCAAUGACAUCGAUAUAGGUGGUACAAAUGCAAUGUUUAUCCUUCUUUCGGGUCCUAAUAUGGGUGGAAAGUCAACUCUCCUUCGCCAAGUUUGUUUGUCUGUGAUUCUUGCACAGAUAGGGGCAAACGUGCCUGCAGAAAGUUUUGUGCUGUCUCCUGUAGACAGAAUUUUCGUCCGAAUGGGGGCCAAGGAUCAUAUUAUGGCGGGGCAAAGCACAUUUUUAACUGAGCUGUCUGAAACUGCAUUAAUGCUGACAUCGGCUACUCGGAACUCAUUUGUAGCGUUAGACGAACUAGGGCGUGGGACAGCGACUUCAGAUGGACAAGCCAUAGCGGAAUCUGUCCUGGAGCAUUUCGUUCACAAGGUGCAGUGCCGUGGAAUGUUUUCUACCCAUUAUCAUCGUCUAGCUGUCAACUAUAAGGAUGAUCCAGGAGUUUCUCUACGUCACAUGGCAUGUCAAGUCGGAGAUGGAGCUGAUGGCAUGGAAGAAGUUACAUUCCUCUAUAGGUUGACGCCCGGUGCAUGCCCUAAAAGCUACGGUGUCAAUGUUGCUCGCCUCGCUGGGCUCCCUGAACUGGUCCUUCGAAAAGCGGCUCUCAAGUCCAUCGAGUUUGAGGAUUCCUAUGGUGUGCGAGGAAAUGGUCAUGGUGGAGAUUCCUGUUCUUGUUAUUCCAAUGAUGAGACAGUAUUUAUCCAGAAGUUGACGAGGGUUUUAGCAAACACGAGCCGCUGUGGUUUACCCCAAGGUGCGGGGCUUGGCUAUCUUAUUGAACUUCAGCACAAUGCACGGAUGCUUCUGCAGAAAAACUGACCUAUUAAUUCAGUUUGGAUCAGCAAAAACUGGUCCAUGUCUUACCGAAUUUGGGAAAACGACUAACAAGUAUGAUGCUGUUAGGUGGAUUGAUGUUUCCACUUGUAAAUUAGCGCCCCCUUAGAUUUUAGAUAAUUGCGAAUUAGGCAGCUUGCCUACUUAAGUCGGGUUUCGGGAACUUGUGACCGGAGGUAGUUCGGGCUAAGAUUUUUUGUACAGUUCAAGUUGGAGUUUGAAGUUUGGUGUAUCGUCUGAGAACGGAAAGUAAAGGAGGGCAGAGGCCUUACUGUUACAUUUUGUCCUAAUAGAGGCUCGCAUCAACCAGUUCACGGAAA